CUUCCACGAAGGUGAAAUCGGUGCCUCUUUCAUCCCUCCUCCGCUACCCUUUGUCAACGGAAACACGGUGAGGAAAGAGGCAGAGGAUGAGUUGGCGGACUGUGGGUAUGUCAGCAUGAAAGAUGCUCCUCCGGCUCUGAAACAUUCCCUGAAGCUAGAUAACAACGAGAACGAGAUGGGGGUGCAGAAGAAAGACAAGGGUAAGAAGGUGGAACCAAGUGCGGAUGAGAUGGAUUUGUUACCCCCUCCUCCUCCUAUGGAUCACCAAGAGAUGCCAAGCUGUCCAGGUCAGGAGGUAGAGUUUCCUCCCCCGCCUCCUAUGGCAGAGAUAGCUGGUGAUACGAAGGAGAACAUUGCUGCCAUCAUGGCACGCUUCAAGCAGCAGGAGGAUAAGCCUGAUGAAGAACCACGUCGUGCUGCUUCACCACCAAGAAAAAAGAUCAUAUCAUUGCCACCGGCCAUUGCUGAUGGAGCAAAAAGCGAGAGUCGACCUGAGAAUACCUCCCCGUCAAAAUCGAGGAUUGCGGAGCGUAUAGCACAGCUGAAAGAACAGGAAGUAAUGAGUGAGAGAGAGUCCAGUGGAGCAGCUGGCGUAGCGAUGGCGAGAGAGAGUGAGUAUGCUAAUACACCUGGCAAUGAUCAGGCGGUCAAACGCAGACCGCCUGCUCCAGUCAGAGACCCAAACACUAGACUGACCAUGAUUGAGAACACAUCGGUGCAGAGAAUGUCCUAUGGGAAUGGAGUGGAUGUACGUAUGGUGCGAACGCGAAGUGAAGAGUACAGAAUACAGAGCCAAUUUGGUGGAUCGGUUUAUGAUGAUACUGUUGUUGGAAGCACUUAUAUUGACAAUGUUGCAUAUCGAAAUCCCAUGGAGCACACGUAUGGAGUUAUACCCGAUGUACCUCCACCACCUUUUCAAGCACCCCCACCUCCUCCACCGAUGUCACACCUACCCCAUCAUGGAGCUGUGAGACCGAUGAGUGUGGCUGCUGUACCCCCACCACCUACACAUGCACCCCCUCCAGUACCCCCUCCAAUGCCAUCAGGCAACACCAACAAUACCAACAACAUCUUCAUGCAGAUUCCAGGUGCCACGUCGAGACCACGGAGCCAGAUACUGUUCCCGGAUGAUGUCCCACCGCCCCCUUCAGUUGCCCCUCCAGCACCCCCGCAGCCCCCGCCCGUACCAAGUGGUCCCAAGCCAGCACACUUGAUGUCCAUUCCUGUCACAACAUCAUUUGCACCACCACCAGCACCCCCUCCCGCCGUGGCCAGUUUCGCCCCUCCACCUCCGCCCCCACCUGUUAUGGGGGGUGGAAGACCCCAGCACAUUCCUGCACCUCCACCAAUGGGUGGAAUGGUACCCCCUCCUCCACCAGCACCCAACGCCCCGCCCCCACCUCCACCACCUGCAGUAAACAAAUUCACAGGAGGAGGAGGAGGAGGAGGAGGAGGAGGAGGAGGACUACUGGAUGGCCUCUCAGCUGUACAACUCAAGACAGUUUCAAGAGAAAAGAAGAAAUCGCUGUCCACCGAAGCUCCCAUGACUAACUUGAUGGCUGAGCUGCAGAAUUUCACUGGAAGGCUGCGUCCCACCCCAAAGCAGAGCAAGCCACCUUCACCAGAGCUCAAAGAUGAGACUGACAAUGGAGUCAAUCAAUUCCAGCUGAAGCAAACCAAGACGAAUGGUACCAGAUCAGACACACCCUCGCCCCCUCAAGCUCCGUCACCGCCACAGCACCAGAACGGCAACAACUCCACCCAGUCUAAUGCCUACCGUCUCUCACCGAACGGCAACGGAGGACCACCCGUGACACCCAAGUCGACCAAACCUACACCAAUGGUGAUGCCUAAACCUGGGAAGGUACCGGCAUCACCUUCCACAGCACCUCCUGCGCCGCCGGCACCGCAGAAAGCCUUUACGCCACCAUCGCCACCACAGAAGGCGCCUAUUGCACCGCCAUUGGCGCAGAAAGGCCCUCCACCUCAGACAUCACCUAAGAGAGCUGACUACAGUAAGAGAAUCUCCAUGCCUCCAGAAACAAGACCGCUCUCACCAACGGUGAUGGCAGAGAGGACUCGGAAGGUAUCAGCGCCGGCACUACCGGUGCAGCCACCAGAGGGCUAUGAUAACUUGCCAGCUUGGAAGAAAGCCAUGGUGGAUAAAAAACUCAAGGAUGCCAUGGCUAAGGAGGAAGAGGAGAGAAGAAAACAAGAGGAGGAGUCGUCCAAGUGGCAGGGGGUGCCGGAGUGGAAGCGUAAACUCAUGAUGGAGAAGGAGAAGAAGAAAGUUGAUGAGACCGAGGCUUCUGUGGAUAAGACACAGGUCGAACGAGAGGCCAAGCUACGCUCCAUGCCCACGUGGAAGCGGAACAUUGUCAAGAAAAAGCUGGGUGGGGAUGGUGACGAUAGCGGUAGCGCAUCGAAAGGUGCGUCUGGUUUUGAAGAGACGUCGACAGCUCUGUAGAGUAUAACAAUAGCAUGUUGUCGAAACUAAUGACUUUGAUGAGCUACAAAUGGAGAGUUGGUGCUAGAAGCUUGUUUAGUUACGGGACAUACUAAGAGAUCUGAUGCAACCAUGCACUGACCGUUGGAUGACUGCAGAUGUUAUCAUCCAUGCAGUCGUCCACAUCUCCUCGUCUAUGUAGAACAACUCCUGAAUAAGCGUUGGGUGAAUUGGCUGGGCAACAUAUAUGAGCCAAGCUGAUCUAAAAGUGACAUGGUGCUUGGAAUUCCAGAUGUACACAUACGUUGGUCUUUGAUGUUGUUUUUCUGUGUGCAGGUCUUAUGGUGGUUCAAAGGGAAGGAAAGCUGGACAGUUGAAGAUCAGUAUGAACAGUUGAAGCUGAUCGUAGAUUGACAUGGUGCUUUGAAUUCAAGGUUAACUCUGGACUUUGUUGAGUGUUCUUCAGACUGAGCAACAGUAGUCCAUGUCAUAUCCUGAUGGUGUCAGUGAACAGUAUGAACUUGUUCUAGUUAAAAGAGUUAAGAUCUUCUUAGGAUUUUGUUCUUCUUCAAAAUAAGCAGCAAUUGAUCCUGGCACAAGGAUAGAGCACAGAUCAUGACAUCGUCAGUGACCUGUAUGAACUGUUUCUAUCAAGACACUCCUACAUGUACAUGUAGAUCUUCUCUAUAUAGUAGUUUUGAUGCAUGUACGCUGUACUGUCAACUUGAUAGCACUUAUCCCAAUACAUCACAGUGAUGAACGAAGCACAAGAAUAUUUACAUACAUUUAGUAGUACUUCACAGAGUUGAUUCUGCUCCGUUUAAUUGAAUAUAAAGGUUGGAAGAUAACAGAUGUGGAAAGUAAAUGUAGAUGGAUUGCACCAAGCACAAGGGUGAUUGAAAUUCUGUUUCUAAUGCCAGGCACACUCCAGCUGGACAUGGGGGCGGGGGAAGAGGCAAGGAAAUCUGUUUUGUCUAGCUUGAAAGCUUUAAAUACAGAAAUCUUACCGCACUUUCUUACCUCACAUCUGUAGUUCACAAAUAUGCAUCAUAUAUCUAUUUUUAUCACAUCACUAUUGAGUCACAGUCACCCUUGUGCAAAUAUACAUGUACCUAUAAACGAAAAUGCAAUUAUGCAAUCUGAAUGUGUUGGAAAUUAUUCCAUCAUUGAACAAACAUGUUAAAGACAAGAUGUUAUUUUCAAGGUAUUGUUUGAAUGUGACAGAGACGAUCGAAUCGGCGCAUCUCAAACAGUCUUUAUCUAAAACUUGAAUGCAAUUUAUCUGAUGGUGCAUAUUGAAAGCAUAAUGGAUCAAACGAUGGUGUCUGAACAAGCUGUGAUAUUGGUGUACAUGUAUAUACAGAGCAAUUUAUAUUUGUAAAUAUCGUAAACGAAACACACUACUGUUGAUGCGGACACAUCUUUUUCUUGUUGCAUUCUGAAAUCUUCGAAAAAAUUGGUGUGUUUAAUCGUCAGAUAUCACUGGUUUGAAAGACCGAUAUCACAAUUGGUUUUCGAUAAUGAAUUUCACACAAUCACACCCAAUGCACUAAAUCGUACGACAUAUUGAACAACUUAAUUCUGAUAUUGGUGUUCUGGAAGGAGACAAUGGAUAAUCGACAUACAUUUUCACAUAUGAUUUUUUAUCUUAGCUAUAGUACAGACCCAUGAGUUAAUUUUGUUUCCAGUUAACUAAAGCAUAGUUUUGCACUUGUUUUAACGCAUUGCCUAGGAAAAUUAUAUUUUUUCUCUUAGGGCAAGGUGAAUCGAAUGAUGUAAUGGAAUUUUAAUUAUUUUUCCAUCUUUGUGGAACAUUCCAACAUUUUAAUCUAUUUCCAAAAGAACAUAAAAAUAUGAGCAUGCAUUUAUUUGCCAGAAGUUGUCAUAUUUAUUGGGCAUUCCAGAAAGAUCUUUCAAUUUAAAAAUGGAUACCUCAAAAUGAUCUUGUUAAAAUGUUGAGGAUAAAAAAAUUCAUAAUUAACAUUAUUUCUAUCUAUAGGUACACAUACCCAUAUAAUUUAUCAUAUUUGAGAUCGAUUAGAGGGCUAUACACUGUAGAUAAUGCAUUAGAGCAGGUUAGAAAUGAACAGUAUAUGCAUAUAACAAAUUAAUUUAUUCAUAUUUAUAAGAGGUAGCUUUCUCCUUGAACUAUGUUUAUUCUCUGAUUUUAAUGUUGCAGUGUCGGGCAAGCUUUUGUGACGAGGAAGGCAGGUGACUUGCAAUUGCCUUUUUAUGUUUUUGUUUUUUUAGCGAAUGAAAAAGGUGCUAGUCGUAGUUAUGCAAUGGAUAUACACGGCCAUGCAUUGUAGUAUGGUGGUUUCAAUACAGAGCCUGAGAUCAAGAUAAAUUUGGAUUAAACCUUUUGGAAAUGUUUCAUUUAGUGAAAGUAGAAAUAUUUCUGAAAGGAUUAUUCUCUUGUUAUUCUAAAUAUAUACUUGUUAGGAAAGGAAAAAAGAAGAGAUGUACAAGAUUUUCAUUCCACCAGAAUAUCUUUAUUUCAUAUUACCCUUUGAAUUGUACUUAUAGUUAGAUGGCUUUACAAUAGCCUGUGACACAAAAAUAUGUAUACUACCUUGCUUUGAUAGACGUAAUAUAACUUAAAAAUGUCAUUUAUAUUAUUUCAAUUACAAAUUUUCUUUCAAUGUUGGGCAUUUUGCGUUCCGGAUACAUCUUUUUGUGCUAUUACAUCUCACUACUACCUAAGACAUGUAACAGUAAUUUUAUUUAUUUCAUUCCAUGAUGGCAUUUUGGGUUUAGCAAGUGUAAAAUUUAUAAGUUAACGAUUUCAAUCAAUAGUCAUUUAGAUUUUGUUUCUUCGAGUUUUAAUCAUAAAGUGAAUAGAUGAGUGAAUAAACAGAUGUAGAUAUGACAGUGGGUUACUUUUCUUUAGCAAGAUACCACGUCAUAUCGAGACGAGCCUUUACGCUUUUUAACUGUCAUGUUUACAAUACCUGCGUGUAUUUCUAUAUUUGUUUUGUUUUUGUAGGACUGUGAUCAGUUUAGUUUUGUUUAUAUUAUGGACAGGGGGCUGGAUACCCACUGACAGUAUAAAAACUUUUUACUUUUUCAGUAUUAUAUUGAUAUGUGAUGUAGUACCAUAGAAGUUAUAAUUUUUUUUCUAAAUAGAUUACACUAUGCACUGUAAAAUAACAUCACAAAUCACUAUCCGAACAAAAAGUAAUUGGCUAUAUUAGUAUCCACCAGCCUAUUUUUUGGUUUAUCUUUCAGGGGAUGUGGCUAUAGAAAUAUAUCUUAUUCUCUUGUUUUAGUAGCUUAUUCUUAUUUCUUUGCACAUUUCAAAUUGAUUUAGUAAAAUUAAGAGUUUAACAAAUUGAAAAUGUAUUAUUUCACAUUGUUGUGUAGUUUAGUGCAACUUUACAUUAUGAAUACAAAAUGGUAUAUUUAAUGUAUUGCCUUACUUAACAUGACAUGGAACAAUUUGUUACUGAUUAUGCAACAACGCACUGCAACCAACUAUGGAAACACUCCGUCAAAACAAUCUGCAAUGACAUUGAAGUUGAUGUAAUACAGGGUAGACAUUUUUAAUUAUUUUGUUUUUACAUUUAUGCACUGCAAGCUAUGUAAACACUAUGUUAUGCAACAUUGAAUGGAAUUAGACAUACAAUGUAGAAUGUUUCACUUAUUUUGUUUUUGUAAUACCUCUCUAAGUACACAUACAUGUAGAUAGAUGUAGUUUAGUAUCGUAAUCUACUGGUGUUGUAGUUUUCAUGUGUUCUAUCUCUUUUUAUUAUUUAUAUCAUUCAGGCUGGUCCUAUAUAUCUUUGGCGAUUUUAGAAUGUAAUAAUCUGGGGUAUUGUUAAUCUGCCCAUGCUGUCCAUUCAUCUACAAUCCUGCCAUAAUAGAAGUAUUAUCGUGCUAUUUGUUCUUCAUUCAAUUUAGUUUUUAGUGAUUUUUAAAAGAAAUUAUUAUUUAGUUACGAUACAUGGAAUGUACAGAACAUGAACCAAUUUCUCUGGAUUCCACAAUGCCCAAAUUGAGUAGGAUUCAAGAACAUUUCAUUGCCUUGUCAUUUUUCUUAUACUAAUAUGCUCUUAAUAGAUGGUUAGUUGGCUCUUUUAAUGACCCUUUUAAUUACCAAAUUGACGACAAAGGUGAAAUAUUGAUAUUAGGAAAUGUAUUAAUUCACUCAAAUAAGUUUAGUAGAAUAUAUAUGUAGAACACUUGGGUGGUCGAGUUGAAUUGAGGUAAAUGUGACAUAAUAACAGCUCAUAUCGUAGUGUGUGGAAUAUCACAAAACUAAUGAAAUAACUCUUCAUAAUACGGUAUUGAAACUUUAUAUUUUAACUAAAAAGAAAUUAAGUUAUGAAUUGUAUAAUGUUAUAUUAAAUAUGUAUGAUUGGUUGUGAUGUAUAUGUAUCAUGCUCAUAUCUUGUCACAAGCAAAGAGUGUAUGUACACAAUGUAAUCUUUUGGUGAAAUAAAGACACUAAAAAUCAAA